AUGGAGGUAAAGAGACGUGUAAAAGUCUAUCAACUCGAUCCAAGCGGAAAGUGGGAUGACAAGGGAACUGGACACGUGUCAUGCUCCACUGGCAUGGGAGGAUUGACUAUUCUUGUCCAGUCGGAAGAGGACGGAUCCACCAUAUUAGAGACUCGAGUUUUUGACGAAAACUCGUAUCAGAGACAACAGGACACUCUGAUUCUUUGGACAGACCCCACCACAAAUAUAGAUCUUGCAUUAAGUUUUCAAGAGCCCGAUGGGUGUCAGGAGAUUUGGGAGACCAUCACCAACGAUUCCGAUAUACUUGCAAUCGUUGAACCUACCGUCGAAAAUUUGGCGCAAAUCAGCGAUAUCAUCGACCCAUUGUCACCAAGCAAGGAAAAAAUAGCAAUGUCUCUUUGUAGAGAGGACUAUAUAAAACAAUUGUUGGAUUUAUUCGAUCUGGUUGAACCAAAUCAAGAUAAAGAACAACUUUUCCACUUUUUUCACAUAUUUAAAAAUAUCAUUUUAAUGAAUGAAACUUCACUUUUUGAAACAAUAUUAUCAGAUGAAUUUAUUUUAAGAGUCAUGGGACCAUUAGAAUAUGAUCCAGAUAUAUCAGAACAAAAUCGUAUAAAACAUAGAGAUUUUUUAAAUAAUCAUGUUGUAUUCAAAGAAGUUGUAAAGUUUACAGAACAACAACAAAAUAGCAUUUUACCAAUCAUUCAUCAAACCUUUAGAGUUCAAUAUUUAAAAGAUGUUGUGUUGCCACGAGUUUUGGAUGAUCUAACUUUUGCAACAUUAAACUCGAUCAUUUAUUUUAACAAUUCUGAAAUUAUUACUCUUUUUCUAAAUGAUCCAUCACUUUUACAUCAAGUGAUUACAAAAAUUGAAAUUAGUGAACCAAGUUCAAAAGAGAAAAUAGAUUCAUUAUUAUUCUUUCAAGAAUUAUGUGGAAUAGCAAAAGGAUUACAACCAACCAGCAAAAUACACUUUUUCAGUACAAUCACUGACAAUGAUGAUGUAUUAUUUAAAACUCUAAAAAUUGCAAUCGAUGAUGAAAAUCCACAAUGUCGAUUAUCAUGUACUGAAAUUAUUUUAUCAAUAUUACAAUUUGAUGCAAGAGUUUUGAGAAAUUACAUUUCAACAGAUAGUUCAUUCUUUUCAAAAUUAAUAUCAAGGUUUAUUAAUGACUCUGAUAUUGGUGUAAAAAAUCAAAUAGCAGAGAUUAUUAAAAUUCUAGUUGAAGCUGAAUCAAAUGAACUCAUCAUCCGUGCCGACAACAUCUCCAAUACAUUUGAAAGCCCCGAGGUCACCUGUAACACCAGCGCCCCACGCAACGAACGAGAGCUCGACGAAGAGGAAGAGUCGUAUUUCAGAGAUGACUCUGAUGACUCGGACAAUGACAAUGACUCACUAUCUGACCUUAAAUAUUACAAUAUGCAACAACAACAACAACAACAAAAGGGAGUCAAGGUCGUAGAUUAUGAUUCAGACGAAGAAGAUUUUAUUUUAACUUCAAUUAAAAGAGGUGUCUCAACAACUACAACAACAACAACAGCGGACAACAAUAAUAAUAAUAGCAUAAAUACAGAUGAUGAAAUGACCGACUCUACCAAUACAGAUAUCACAAGUACAUCAAUAUUUGAACAAUUGGAACAACAAGAACAAGAACAACAAGAUACAAAACAAGAACAAGAAUUGAAGCCAUCAUCAGAAGAGGAGCAAGUAAGAGUAGAACCAGUUACUGAACAACAGCAACAUUCUAUUGUGCAACUAGUUGUCGACGAAAAAUCAGAGUCGGAAUCAGUGCCAAAAGAGAGUGGUUGUAACAAGGAACCUGAUGAAACUACUGUUUGUAAUGGUGCCAAUCACAAAUCAAUCCAAAAAGAAGAAGAAGAAGAAGUAGAAGAAGAAAAGGAUUCAAAUGUACAAAUUAAUCAUAAACAACAACAACAAGAACAAGAAGACAAACACACUACCAGCAGCAGUACAUCAAAACGAGUCAUCAAGAGAAAGAGUAUAGAAACUAGUCUAAAUGAUCAAGAUGAUGAUUUGGAUUCAGCAGAAUAUAAUAAUAAUAAUAACAAUACCGACGACAAUAAUAAUAAUAAUAAUAAUAACAAUAGCAACAAUAAUGGGGAUAUGAUGAUCGACUCUAAUCAUGUAGACGCCAAAAUAUUAAAAUCAAAUAACCACGACAACAAUAACAACAGUAGUAAUAGUAAUAAUAAUAGUAGCAGUAGCGGUAAUAAUGAAAAAGAAACAACUACAGAUGAUUUAAUUGAAAAUGGUGGCAGCGAACAGCAACAUCGAACAAUUAAAAGAGUUAAAAUCAAGGAUAAUACCGCCAUCAGUAACAACAAUAAUGAUGCUCCAAAGCAGCAGCAACAACAACAGCCUCACCAAUGUGCCAUUGUAGAUAGUAAAGAAUAA